AUGAUUGCUCCUACGUCACAAACAACAACAAAAGAUAGAGUGACCCCACACAAAUCAUUCCACGUUAUGACAAAUCACAAAGAAGAGAGUAACGCUCGCUGCGACAAUAUAAAACCAAACACGCAAGUUUCAUGUACCUUCUGCAACGGAACCCACUACCUGUACAAUUGUAAAGAGUUCUCUAAACUGACAGUUGAAGAUAGACAUCAAUUCGUACAGAAAAGUAACUUGUGCUUCAACUGCCUCAUUCCAAACCACACUGUGUUCCGGUGCAAACAAAGAACGUCUUGUAGAAUUUGUAGAAGAAAACAUCACUCACUGCUACAUAAAGAAAAUAAAACAAAUAUAGAAAACAACAACACACCAAGUAGAACAGAGACAACUGAAAGUCAAGAAGAUACAGAUAACAACAUUACGUCACACUACUCAAGAGAAGAAACAACUAACAGAACAGUUUUGUUAGCUACAGCACUGAUAGACGUGGUAUCAAGUUCUGGAGAGUCACACGUCUUCCGUGCGCUCAUCGAUCAAGGUUCAGAGGCUUCCUUUGUGACAGCACGAGCCUCAGAGUUGUUGGGACUUAAGAAAACAAAAAUCAAUGGCACAGUAUCUGGUGUGGGAGAAAGAAAACAUGAACUCAAGCACAAAGUUAGUCUGUCAGUGUUAUCUGAAUCCAAAAUGCCCAUUCCUGUCGAUGCCUACGUUCUGAAAACUAUAUCAUCUACGCUCCCAGCAAAGAAAGUUGACAUAAACUGGCCUGAACUGAAAUCACUGAAGUUGGCUGAUCCUACAUGCCACGUACCGGGUAAAAUUGACAUACUACUCGGUGCUGACAUAUUUUCAAGCAUCAUAGAAGAAGGAUUAGUCAGAUUACAAGAUGGACUUAUAGCACAAAAGACGUGUCUUGGGUGGAUAUUGUCAGGAAGAACAAACAAUACACAAGAAACGCAACCCAAAAUAACAAGUUUAUUAGUAAGAGAAAACAAUGAUUUAUUGAGACAGUUUUGGGAAAUAGAAACAGACUUAUACAACAAAAAGAAGAUCCUGACAAAAGAAGAAGAAGAGUGUGAAACAAUAUACAAAAAUACAACAAAGAGAGAUGAAGAUGGUAGAUACAUUGUGCACCUACCAUUAAAACAAACAAUAGAAGAAACGAUACAAACGGUAGGAGACACAAAACAACAAGCAAUCAAAAGAUUUAUACAAUUAGAAAGAAAACUUGAGAGAAACAAGAACCUGAAAGAACAAUACAACAAAGUGAUAGAUGAGUAUAUUGACAUGAAUCAUAUGAAAAAGAUUGAAAAUGAAGAAGACAACAAACUAAUAUACUUACCACACCACGCAGUAAUCAGAGAUGAUAAAGAUACAACCAAGGUCCGAGUGGUAUUUGAUGCCUCGGCUAAGGGAUCCAAUGGACGAUCGUUGAAUGAAACCAUGAUGGUUGGACCAGUAUUACAACCUGACCUGCGCAGCCUCAUUAUAAGUUGGAGAAAACACAAGGUUUGCGUAGUGGGUGAUAUAGUGAAAAUGUACAGAAUGGUGAAGACUGCAGAUGAUUUCACAAAUUUACAAUGCAUUGUGUGGAGAGACAACCCUGAUGAAGAUAUAGAAAGCUUCAAACUCACGAGAGUCACAUUUGGUACGGCUGCAGCCCCAUACCUUGCAGUACGUACAUUGAACCAACUAGCUGAUGAUGAAGGUCAUGAACAUCCAGAAUACACAGCUGCGACGAAUGCUAUAAAGAAUUGCUUCUACAUGGAUGAUCUAAUGACAGGACAUGAUGAUGUCGAAGAAGCAAAACAGUUGUGCCAAAAUAUAAAAGAGAUAUUGACCAAGGGAGGAUUUAUAAUGCAGAAGUGGUCAAGUAAUGAAGAAGAAUUACUCAAAUUUCUAAAAGAAGGAGAUGAUACGAAAGAUACCAUAGAAAUAAAGCUUGACAAGGUUAUAAGAAUUCUUGGCCUGACAUGGGAUAGAAAGAAUGACAACUUCAAUGUCACAGUCAACUUACCUGAUGCACCCCAUCCAAUAACGAAGAGAUCCAUCCUCUCAGAUGUUGCUCGUCUAUUUGAUCCAUUCGGUUGGGUUUCACCAGUCGUCAUCACAGCCAAGAUAAUGAUACAAAGAUUGUGGCUUAGCAAUCUCAGUUGGGAUGAUGAACUGUCCGUUGACUUGUGUGAAGAAUGGCUAAAAUAUAGAGAAGAUCUUACUGACCUGCGAAUGAUCGAAAUCCCACGUUGGCUGCAAACAACUCCUCGCUGUAAAGAAGUCCAGAUCCACGGGUUCGCUGAUGCAUCCAGCUCAGCAUAUGCUGCAGUAACUUACCUCAGAGUGGUUGAUGAACAUGACGUCGUACAUGUCACGAUGAUAGCAUCCCGAACGAAGGUGGCUCCUAUAAAACAACUGUCAAUUCCAAGAUUGGAACUAUGUGCUGCUGUGAUGUUGUCUGAACAGAUAGCUGAUGUGUCACAAUUAUUAGAAGUGUCACAUGGCAACAUAUUUGCAUACACCGAUUCCAUGGUUGUACUAGCAUGGCUCCAAGCUCAUCCGAAUCGCUGGAAAACAUUUGUCGCGAAUAGAGUCGCAGAGAUUCUAAGAAUUAUAGACAAUGAAAGAUGGAGACAUAUUACAACAAAUGAAAAUCCAGCAGACAUCGCUAGUCGUGGUAUCAGAGCAGCUGACUUACCUGAUUACAAAAUUUGGUGGAACGGGCCUGAAUGGCUAAAGUCAAACGACAUAGAAUAUGUUACAAAUACAGUACCUGCUACAGAUUUAGAAGAAAAGAGUUCAUUUUAUACAAGACAAGACAAGACACACGAAGAAGAAAGUCCAAUUUGGGAAAGAUUUUCCAAUAUAACUAGAAUGAAGAGAGUGCUCGCUUUAUGUAAGAGAUUUGCGAAGCCAAAGGGAAAGGAAAACAAAGAUGUAAACAUAACAGCAGAUGAAAUGGAAGAUAUAUUGCAAGCAUGUAUAAGAUAUUAUCAGAAUGAAGUAUAUGGAAAAGACCUAAAGAAGAUGGGAAAGGUUAGAAUUACAAGAGCUCGUUGA